CUCGCCCUGUGCCCCUGCAGCACUGCCAGGCUCCCCCACUCCUGCUCUGGGCCUGGCCAAGCUCCUGCCUGAAGCACAAAGCUCUCAGCAUGGACCGCAGGAAGAAUAAAACUGACAGAGAGAAGGAAGAGGAGUUUUUAGUGCAAAAUGUUCCACCAACUCCUGAGUCACCUUCCACUGUAGCUGUAGCAGAGUACAGUAACCAUCAGUCCGCUGCCACUGUCUCUGGAAGUCUGCUACCAAAUCAAGAAGAGAUGCAAAGCAUCAUAAGAGAAACAGAUGGCACAGCAGAGGCACAGAAUACUGCAGAGCACAUACAAGAUCUCCAGUCUGAGCGAAAUAUUUCUUCAAAAAGUUUUGAUGCCAGUGUCAGCUCCAGUAGUGGUAAUCAAUCAGAGCCAGAGCAUACUGAAAAUGUGUUUAGAGGCCAAAAAAACCUUCAAAUUGCUCAGGGAAGAGACAACUCCUCCAAAAAGCAGAAAACCAGCCUCAAAACCUCUGUGAACAUCAAAAAGAAGAAUAAAAGUAGAAAUUGUGGGCAAAGUGGAGAAAGGGAGUCUGAUCUAAAAGAACAUGAUCAGCAUUUGCCCAAAGGUUGCAAAUGGAGUUUUCAAGUGUCUGACUUGCAACAUUUGAGCAGCACCGAGCGCAUAACAGUUCUCCAAGCAAAAAUGCAGGAAAUCCGGAAACGUUACCUGCUGCUGAAAGCUGAGUUGGCUGCCAUUGACCGGACAAAGCGCUUAAAGAAAAAGAAAGAGCAGGAAAGGGCUGCUGCCAUGUCAAGUUCCUCACCAAAUGGAAUGCCAGGGGAAUGCAGCAGAAAGCCAAAGUGUGGCCCAGCAUUAAUGCAGCACCAGUCAAAACAAAGCUGAAUUUUGAUUCCUGUUCAUUAUGAUAGUUGAAAAUGUCAUAGCAAGCUCCUGAAAAUAUUUGCUGAUUCCUUGUAUCAACUGCCUGGAGUUCAGAUUCAUUGGAAUUGAAACUGGAAUAAAUCUUCUAGUGUUCUCUGCUUACAUGUGUCUGAAUGUAGUUGAAUUUACCAAAAUAUUGCUACACCUGCAAAAUGACAGGCUACUGAUGAGACUGCUAAAUUACAAUUAUAUGCUUUGGAAGCACUGACUGUGUUAAGAAUUACCAGUGACCUGGGACUGACAGGAGUAAUUUUAAUAAUUUCGGUGAGGUUACUCAGAGGAUCCUUAGACCCAAACUAAAAUGAGCAAGUAUACUGAAAUAGUAGGCAGAAGGGAACUUUCUCCACACUAAGACAGAUAGGCAGGUAGUAGAACUAAAGAUGACUGCAAUCAGUGCUAUCCUAAAGGAAAACAGAAAGCAAAAUAAACAUAAAUCUGAAUAGGACCACCACUAUGCAUAUCAUAACCGCAGUUACUUUAAGCUGACAACUAUCUUGCUCUAAACUUAAAGUCUUAUUCUGUUUUCUUUUUUAAGCCUAAGGUUAUUAUUUUAAAUUACCUACAUGUGGUGGCACUCUAAAUAGUAUUCUGGAGAAAACCAACAUCCACAAGAAGAGAAUUAAGCACUUAGAUUUCUAGGGGAGGAAGAACAAAAAACAUCACUACUUACUGAAUAGACAACCUUAUUAGCUGCACUUCCAAAGCAACAGGCUACAGGAAUAAGGAAUGCAAAGCCAACCAGACCCACCUGGAAUACUUUGUACUCUCAGCUGACAGACAAGAAUGUUUCAUCUUUUGCAUGCACAAACUGACUGUAAAGGGAUUUCUGCAGACCUGAGUCAGGAAUUAAAACAUCUUCCUAGAAGUAAAGUCUAAGCACUCCUUCUGGAGUGAGAGGAACAAAACACAACCAAUCAAGCAAGAACUGAGGCAGUAUCAAUUUGUCUGGGUUUUUUCAGGGCAACAAACUCCUGAGAGAAUAUGAUGUUUGUGCUGUCAAUUAAAGCUGCUUUUGAACCAAGAUCAACUCUUCUUUCAGAAGCAUGUCUGUUUCCAAAACACUGAGUGAAGUAGAAAUCAAGUGUAUACACUGAACAAAACCAAAAUUUUAUUCAACAAUACCCGAACACAGCAGUGCUACCCUGACUAGAAAUCUUCAAAGCGUUCUCAGUUCUUGUGAAAAGACUCAACUUAUUUCUAGGAAAGAAAGUGUUUGAGGCAAAUACCCACAGAUGAUCAAUCAAAUCUAAGUUUAAAGAAAUGUACCUUUUUUAAUACAUGUAUUUAAAAAAAAGCUGGAGGAAGAAAUGGAGACAAAGGAAAAAAAAAAACAAACACGUUCAAGGACUAAACGGCAUAGAUUGCCAGGACACAAUCUAAACACUGUAACCACAGAUCAUAUAUUCAGAGCACAGGAUCCAGGAGCUGCACACUCCCUGGGAGCAAGGAGGCACUCUCUCUUUUAACAGGAUUCAGCAAGAGGCUCUCACCGCUUAGUGAGCUCACACCCAGCAAGCAGAAGGCAGCUUUUCUGUUAGACUAAGCAAGGCAGAAAGAUCCAGUACAGCAGCUUCCUUGCAGCACCUUGAUCUUGAGCCCCCCUAUCCAACCUUCUUUCUGGUGGGGCUAGGAAGACAAAGCAAGUCCUGUCCACAUGAGCACUCCUCACCUACAGUGACACCAAGCACCUCUGAUUCCUCUCCAAAGACAUUUACACACAGAAGCCAGGUGAGAGGUGUACUAUGGAACCAUAAGCUGCACUAGGAGCAUGGUAUCAUAACAAAACAGCAAUUCCUUACAGAAAUUUUCCUAAAAUAGCAGCUUGCAGUAUCUGUCACACUUUUAUAUCACAGGAGAACAGAUGGAGACAGAAACUCCUGUUUACUCUAAAAUGUGUUUUCCAAACUAUGCCAGCAGCCACAGGCAGCUCCCAAUUUGAGUAGACAACACUAUUGAGUGGUGAAAGAACAGUCACCACUGACACCAGUGAAAAGUUUCAGCACUAGCCUUGGGGAUUUUUACCCCCAGAAUAGGAAACAGGUUUGGUUUGGUUGGUCUGUUCUCUCACUUGCCAAAUGCCUCUGCUGUAAGGAAGCCUAUCUGCCAAUCAAAAUGGUCCACAAGAGUUGAACCUCAAGGCCAGCAGAACCAAAGGCUGCUGAGCAUCACACAGAUGCACCCAGGCUUUCUGAAGAGCUUUCAGAACUCUGCCAUAUGGUUUCCAGUGACACACUUUUUGAGCAAAACAUCCAGCUCACUAUCUGCCUGUAUGCCAAAGGACAGAAAUAUCCCAGAUCAUGACUUGUGUAUUAUACAGACUUGCCCAGAAACAAAUGCAACAGAUAU